AUGUUUCACUCAAAGCAUCACUCUCUUACAAGAGCUCUUCUCUUCUUCCUCAGCCACAACCCCCCUCUUCCAUCUCCAUCCACAAAAUCUUACCUUCUUCUUCUUCGGCCAGAAGCACGCCGCCACUCAACCACCUCCACUUCCGAUGACCACCACUCUUUCACUAUCUCCUACCUCACCACCAAGUGCGGCUUCUCCCAUGAAGACGCUCUCAGAGCAAACAAGCGCGUUCGCUUUGACACCCCCGUCAAGCCAGAUUCCGUCAUCUCCUUCUUCAAAGCCCACGGUUUCUCCCCCUCCCAAAUAGCCACCAUCAUGUGCAAGAUUCCCGUGGUACUCACAUAUGACCCCACCAAAGCGAUCUUGCCAAAGUUUCAAUUUUUGGCAUCCAAAGGUGCUUCUCCCUCUGACAUUGUACUCAUGACCACAAAGAGUCCCAACUUCCUGCUUCGAAGCCUUAACUAUAUAGUAUCCUUGUACGAAUUGGUAAGGAGGUUCUGUCCCUCUGAUCUUAAAGCCAUUGCUUAUCUAACUGGAUGCCCAUCAUCCAUUGCUGAUGUUCGUGUGCCUCAAAAUGUGAAAAUGCUGCUUGAUGAAGGGUUGACCAAUGCCAACAUUCACCAUUUGCUUAGAACUAGGCCUUCUGUGCUGUCCUCUGCUGAUUUGAAGAAAACAGUUGAGGAAGUGAAGCAAUUGGGGUUUGAUCCUUCACAGUCUUAUUUCAGUGUGGUGUUGCUGACCAAAAGGGCCGUAACUAAGUCCCGAUGGGAUGCUAAAGUUCAUGUCCUUAAGAAAUGGGGCUGGUCCGAACAAGAUUUUUCAGAGGCCUAUAGGAGGCACCCUCAGUUUAUGCUACGUUCCGAGGACAAACUCAAUGCAGUGAUGAGCUUUUGGAUCAGUAAUCUCGGCUGGGAUUCUUCGGCGCUUCGCAUUAGACCGGUUCUUUUUGGUUACAGUUUGGAGAAGAGGCUUAUUCCUAGAGCUAAGGUUGUCAAAUAUCUUCUCUCCAAUGGUUUGAUGAAGAAGAAUGCUAGCAUAAUCACACCAUUUUCUUUGACUGAGAAGCUGUUCCUAAAGAAGUGUGUCACAUGUUUUGAGGAGAAAGAUAGGUCUCGCCUAUUAACACUAUAUCAGGGAGGAUGUUAG